AUGAAUUUUACUUCGUUAUUUAAAGAAAUUACUGGAGAGGACUUUGACGUGAUUUCAUGCGAAGAAAUAUCUAAGCUUGGGUCAACAUGGUCACCAUUGCUUAUGAACAGUGUUGAUGGCGACUCUCUUAGUAUUUUUCAAAAAUGUCUCGAUGUCUGCAAUCGGUCUCCUGAAGAUUUUCCUGAAAUUCGUUCUUGUCUCAAUAAACAGAAAAUGGAUAUACUUUUAUCAUACAUUCUUGCAGCUGCAUUUCCUUCCGAUUUAAAUCAGAGUGUCGAGUGCUCAAGCAAACAAACUAUAGUCGGUAGUUCUGAUGAUAGGAAUGGUGAUCGUGUAAUCGUCUGGAAGCGGCCCUUGGAUCAUGCACGAAAUAAUUCUCCUGAUGAUAGAGAUGCAGACCAAACAUCAAGUGCAAUGAACCUCGAUCAACAACCAGGAAUUGUUGAUUCCUUUAUUGUUGACGCAAAUAUUUCAAUUAUGAUACCUAAUUACGAUGAUCGAAGUCUGCUUAAUGUUUCCGAGGAUUAUGUUAAAGAAAACCUUUAUCCAAAUUUACAAAAGUUUAAAGAACUGGUUUGUUAUGGAAACAUUUUAAUUCAAUUCUACGCAGCGUUGGAGACAGAAAAAAUCAUACCGAAAGAUAUAAACGUAGAACUUUUUCGCCCCAUAGUUCAAUAUUGUGUGUCAGAUCCGAUACUUGGUAUGCUUGCAAAGUCACUACAUCUUCACAAAAAAUUUACCUUAUCGAUUGAUGAAAAUGAAUCAACACAUGCAAACUAUGUCCGAGCAUUUGUUGGUGGAUAUUAUAUGGCAGCUGGUCACAACGAAGCGCAUAUGCUUAUAAAACAGUUAUUAUUCAACCUUCUUAAAAAAUCAAUAUCUGAAGCUUCUAGAAUGUUAACCCUUUCGGAAAUUUCCGAAUGUUUCAAGUUUAAUGAGUAUAUACCGUCAGAUGAUUCCGCAACAUUGACCGGUACCGCUCCAGAAUUAUUUUUCAGAUGGACAUUGGCACAUUGUCGCACUAUUCCUCAAUAUUAUUGUAUAAGUACUGAUGAAAUAUAUCUUGCCACGGUUCACAUUGGCAAAGAUUUAUAUGCUGAAAGUUAUGAUCCAGAUUGGAAUAUAGCUAUUGGUAAUGCAUUUCGAAUUGCAUAUGAGAAAUCUGAACUGCCACUCCUCGUAAAAGAGUGCUAUAUUAAAAAAUUACCGUACGAAAUGGAAUCAACCGUCACAGCAUCUACUUCCAGCAACUCACGUAUGUAG